GCUAAACUCUGUGCUUAAAAAUAACCUAAAUUAGAAAUUGCAAAAUCGACUGAAUAAAAAUUGAUAAUACCUUAUAAUUUAUCAGAAAAAAACGCAAUAUGCCUUUCAUGAAAGGUCGAGCUCCUGUAAGGAGAACAUUACAGUAUUUGGAAGCAGGAAGAUUAGUGUUGAAAGAUCAAAUAAAAAUAAUGACUAUAAAUUAUGGCUUGAAUUCAAAGAAUAAUGGUGGAACCAAAGAUUUUGUUUUUUGGCAUUUACCACAAGUACAGUACAAAAAUCCAGAUGUUCAGAUUGUAACGCUGAAAAAUAUGGCACCUUCACCUUUCGUUAGAGUAUUUUAUGAAACUGGACACCAAAUGUUAAUAGAUCUUGAUUGUAGAAGUAAAGAUGAAAUAUAUGAACACUUAAUAAGAGUUAUUGGCAAAUCAGAGAAAGUCUUGGAAAAAGAGACCAUUGCAAGGGAAAAGAAAGACAAUCCUGCCAACUUUGGAGAGCUAUGCGAUAGACAUUGUAUAUGUGAAAUACCCGGGCAAGUUCCAUGUCCAGGAACAUGCCCUUUGCCGCAACAUUGGAGGGGAAAGUAUAAAUACAAUAAAAUUGUAGAAUAAAUUUAUUAAUAGUA